AUGAAUGAAAAUGAGUGGCGGACGCUGAUUGUGGAUUUCGAGAGGCAUCUGCGCGCGGAAAAGGAUUUGGCGGAUCUGACUAUCCGUAACUACAAGGCGGACUUGCAGCCCCUCUACGACUACAUGCGCCUGAAAAACAUCGAAGAUAUGCCCGCGCUGGAUCGUAAGACGCUGCGUGGCUAUCUGGCAUGGCUGACCGAACUGGGAUAUGUGCGGCACAGCGUUUCGCGCAAGCUGAGCACGCUGCGCUCGUUUCUGAAGUGGAUGUCGAGCAAGGGCAUCAUUGAGGGAGACCCGCUGCCCAAGCGCGGUGUAAUGCGCGUCCCUAAGAAGUUACCGCGCUUCCUGUCGCAGGAGCAGGCGGGGCGGCUGAUGGACGCGCCCGACACCACGAAGCCAACAGGCUUGCGCGAUCAUGCGCUUCUUGAGGUCAUCUACGGCGCAGGGCUGCGCGUCAGUGAAGCGAGCAAUCUUCGUGUCACCGACCUGAAUCUCUCCACGCGCGAGGUACGGGUCAGGGGUAAGGGCUCGAAGGAAAGAGUAGUGCUAGUCGGCCAGGUUGCGAAGAGCGCUCUCUCACUGUACCUUCGAGACGCGCGCCCCAAGCUGGCGGGCAAGAGCAGCGGCAUGACGCUGUUCCUCAACCGAUUUGGCGGUCGUCUCAGCCAGCGCAGCAUCCAGGAGAAGGUGCGCCGCUACAGUGUUAAGGCCGCGUUGCCCUCCGGCGUGCAUACGCAUACGCUGCGGCACUCAUACGCCACCCAUCUGCUGGAGGGCGGCGCGGACCUGCGCGUGGUUCAGGAGUUAUUGGGUCACGCCAGUCCCGCUACCACACAGAUAUACACGCAUGUCACCAAUUCGCAGGCUAGACAGGUCUAUAUGGCGGCGCAUCCUCGCGCGCAGAGGACGGCGACCGACAUGAAUACUCAGGACGACGCGGCUGAUUAG